UUCGAGGAAAGCCGCUCCCCGCCUCGGCUGGCCGAGUCUGCUGGGCCCCCAGCCCCCCCAGCCGCCGCUGCCUCGUGCCCGGGACCAUGGGCAUUCCACUCCCGGAGCCGCCCGGCCCCCCGCGGCAGCUCCGGCUGCUGCUGCAGCUCCUGCUAGUGCUGGCCCCAGCCGGCUCGGCCCUGUGGCUCCUCGACACCCCGGAGCCGGCGUGCUCGCAGCCGAGGUUAAACUGUACCGUCAAGAAGAGUACCUGCCUGGCUGAGAGUUGGCUUUAUCCUCUCAACAUGACACCUUCUGACCCUAAAGAUGUCAACAUCAGUCUGGGCUUUGAACACAGCAGAAAUGGAGACCUGUUUCCUGUGGUGCACAUUGAAUGGAAAGUACGGACAGAUGGCAGCAUCCUGUUUCUUCAGGGAGCUGAGCUUUCAGUGCUGCAGAUGAGCACCAAUGAGCACUUAUGCGUUGAGUUUAAAUUUCUAAACCGACUUCAGCAGCAACUUCGACCAGAUUUGAAUAGGUGGCAUUUCACCUUCAGUAAUUUUGUGGUGGAGCCUGGCCAAGAAUAUGAGAUAACAGUGCAUCACUUGCCGAAACAAAUACCCAAUGGAGAUCCAAACCACGAGUCUGUGCCUUUCCAAGUGCCUGACUGCAUGGACCCCAGAAUGAGAGUGACUACCCCCUGUGUGAGCUCAGGAAGCCUAUGGGAGCCUGGCAUCACAGGAGAAAGGCUGAAGAAUAACUCCCUGUUGGUCAGUUUUAACCCGUGGAAUGAAUCAACCACUUACAACAUCCUCCUGAGCAGUUUUUCAAACACCAGCAGCUGUUUUCAAGACUUUCGAUCCAUUACCCAGCCCAGACAAGAAGAUUUCCACCAUCGGAUAAAUGUCACAUUCCCCUUACAAAAUAUGAAUGCCUGCUGCCAGUACAGCGUUCAGAUCCAGCCAUUCUUCAAAAGUUGUCAGAAUGACUGCCUUAGACACACACUGUCCAUCCCUUGCCCAGUGCUACCAUCACCAACACCCACCUGCCCUCCAGAUGAUGUGUCACUGUGGGUUUACUGGUUUAUCACUGGCAUCUGUAUCCUGCUGGUGGGCUCUGUCAUCUUCCUGGCCAUUUGCAUGACUCAGAGGAAGGCUGAAUCUUCCUCUGAUAAACCUGAAAGUGACACCAGAAACCCUGAAAUUCUACCCCUGGACAACCAGACUCCUCCACCCUUGAAGCCCCGGAAAGUCUGGAUCAUUUACUCGGCUGAUCACCCUCUCUAUGUGGAUGUGGUGGUCAAGUUUGCUCAGUUCCUCAUCACUGUCUGUGGCACUGAAGUGGCCCUGGACCUGUUAGAGGAGAAGCUGAUCUCAGAGGUGGGAGUCAUGGCUUGGGUAAGUCGACAGAAGCAGGAAAUGGAGGAGAGCAAUUCCAAGAUCCUCAUCCUGUGUUCCCGAGGCACCAGAGCCAAGUGGCAGGCAAUCCUUGGCUGGGAAGAGCCUGCUGUUCAGCUCCGGUAUGACAGGUGGAAACCUGCUGGGGACCUGUUCACAGCUGCCAUGAAUGUGAUCCUUCCAGACUUCAAGAAACCAGCCUGCUUUGGAAUGUAUGUGGUCUGCUACUUUGAUGGCAUCAGUGAUGAAGCUGAUAUCCCCGACCUAUUCAACAUCACUCCUAAAUAUCCUCUGAUGGAGAAGUUUGAGGAGGUUUAUUUCCGGAUCCAGGAACUAGAGAUGUUUGAACCAGGUCGGGUGCACCGGGUCAGGGAGAUCACUGCUGAAAACUACCUCCAAAGCCCCAGUGGCUGGCAGCUCAAGGAAGCAGUACAGAGGUUCCGGGAAUUGCAAGUCAAAUGCCCCAACUGGUUUGAACAGGAGAAUCUCUGUUUGGAAGAUGAAGACAACUCGUCACUGCUGAAUGGAGAGAUGACUGAGGAGUCACCUUUACCAGCAGGAGGGAGAAUAGUGAAACAGAUGCCUCUAAUACAGGAGCCUUCUCCUGGGGACCAUUUGGUGGUAGACCUCUUCAUCAAUGAGGAAAAAGGGGUCUCUAAACUGGAUAUUCCAUUUCUGCCCCAAGGGGCUACACUUACCUAUCAAACGGUAGUCCCCAUAGAAGAGGAUCAAUUGACUUCUGUGGUGGAGCCCUUACAUAAGAAUGGUGAUGGUAAAGCCAGCCGACAGGUAGUAGUUGGUGAAGAUGACAUGGAAUGUGUCCCACUGAUGGGGACCAGUGUUUCCCAUCGGAACAGUGUAUUCCUCCUCCCCAGGGACUCUGAAGCUUCCCCUCUCUCAAGUACUCCAGUGCCUUCCCCCAACUACCUCCCAGCUCCUGUAAGAGAACAGCUAGAAGGCUUAAUGUACUCCCUCUUCCAGCAGAGUCUGAGCAUCCCAGGUGAAGAGGAAUGGGAAAGACAGCAGCUGGUCUUCAAUAACCCUCAUACACCCUGUGAGGAAGAACAGAGGCAGUCAGUGGAGUCUGAUCAGGGCUACAUCUCCAGGAGCUCCCCACAGCCUCCUGAUGGGUUUGUGGAAAAGGAGGAGGAGGAAGAGGAAAUGGAAGAGCAGGAUGCAGAGAUAUCUACAGAAUUUCUCUCUCCCAAUGUUUUGGAGAAUCUGAAGAACCUUCAACAGCAACUGUUAUUCCAGGAGAUACAACAGAACUCUAACUGGGACUGCCUAGAUGAAAGGAGAUUAUCUACAGAAUUAUAGUCAUCCUAAUGGUGUGCUAUAGAUAUGAGUCAUCAAAGAGAGAGAAAAAGAAAAUGCAUACCUAUAAUUCUACUAUCUAAUGACGAGAAGCUCAGGAAUAAACUUACCUCUCUUCUAAAUGUAAGCGUGUUCUUCCUAAACUACCCACUUUGUAAAUAUGUGUAACUCUUUCCCAAUGACUUACCACUGAGCUAUGAGCUACUUUCCAGUGAUGACCUAUUGCCUUCCCAUAUUGGGGGGGGAGGGGCAGAAUAUUGAUAGAGAACAGAAAAAGAGGAGAGGAAUCUGAAACCCUUACCUCUGUCUCUGGUGUUAAUGUAAACAUAAAACAGGUGAUGGGAAAGGGUUUCCCUCUUCUCUGACUUGCAGUAAGAAGUUUUUCAGAUGGUACUUGGGAAGGAUCCCUAAAGUUGCAACUCCGUGAGAUAAAUUGAGAUCUGGGUUCUCAUAGUGUCCCACUUAAAGAUUUAAAGUCCCUUAACCACUUAAAGUCCCAAAGAGCUAUAGGUAUGAAAAUGGCUAAGGAAUCUUUGACAGUGCAAAACCACAGACUGGCAUGUUAACUUAAUGAGGAAAACCUUCUGGGGAAAAGUCAUCAUACAGACUUAAGGGUUCAAAGUGUAUUUGAGAUUACCUUUCCUACAAACCAGAAUGGCAUUCCAAGGCUCCAUUCUUGUACUGACCCCUUGGAAUGGACUAGAAUUCAGAGGACAUGAAGGCUGCAAGCUACCAUAAAGAUCAUCUAUUAUAACCUUCAAUUUUUUAGAGAGGUGGAAAUUGAGAUUCAGAGAGCUGAACGGUUACAGCUACUGCCCACUUUCCCCAUGAGGGCUGGAUCAGCAGAGGGUAACUGGUACCUUUGCUUAUAGGGUUUGUAUUUCUAAUGCUAUUCUUCAAGAGCCUCCACCAAUGUGCUUCUCAUUAAUGGUCAACCAGUAGAUCUAAUUAAUUAGCUCUAAUUUAAAAUAGUAGACACAAACAUUUCCCUCAUAAAUCUGAGGCUGACUCUUCCACAAGGACACAGGAAGAGUGGGAUCAAACUUAAAGAGUACAAUCGUGGUGAAACCUGAGUGUGGCUAAGGCAAUUCACAAUUCCUGGUGUGAAGCCCCUCCCCCAUCUCAGUUUUGUUCCAUUCAAUUAUGUAGCAACAUGAAGAACAAGGUAGAGUCUAGACACAAUGCCCCGGUCCUAUAGCUUCACCUUAGCAAGUCACUUUUCACCUAGAGCUUUGGACACUGUCUUCUUGCCAAAAAUGUCUCAGCCUACCAAAAUUUCCAAGCAAUUUCCCCCAACCUCCUCAAGAAGCAUAUAUUGUUAUAUGUUUCCAUAUUGAUAUCAUUUGGCAGAUUUCUCCAUUGCCAGAGGCAUAGUGAUGAUGUUCUUGAGCUGGAAGCAUAAUUGUGUCUUGUUUAUUUCUUUGUUCUCCCUUAUUUUGGGCUAUUUCUUUAUUUAACACCCACUACCACCCCACAGGGUUUUCCAUCCAAAUGUCAAGGUUCCUAAAAAUUCUUUCCAACAGAACUUUUUUCAAUCCACAUUACUAGGUAAGGGUACUACUGACUUUUCUCUUAGAGUUCUUUGACUCAGGACAUCCCAUAGCUUCUACCUUUAAUUAAAGUCAUCAAUGUUUUAUGAGUCUUUUUGUAUACUUGUACAUUUACUUGUGUA